AUGUUUUCCAUUUCGUCUAGAUUCUCCUCUACCUCUGCCGACAGCGAUGCCGAAACCAAGAGCUCUAACCUUCUCCAUCAGGAAUUUCAUGAACUUUCACUUAAAUACAUCAAUGCGUCGUUGGAUGCUUGCUCAAACACCGCUCCAAGGCUGUGUCUCCUGCAAGCUAUGACACUAGCAGGGUUCUACAAAUUAGCGAGUGGCGUUUACGGGCCUGCUUGGAGGUUGGUUGGGUAUGCCAUACGAGUUGCGUACGAACUUCGGCUUCACCUAGUCGAUUAUGAAGGCUUGGUUGAAGCGCCUACCUCAGAGAGUGAAUUGCGAGCCUGGACUUCAAACGAAGAGCGCCGUCGUUGCUGGUGGGCCUUGUGGGAAAUGAAUAUUUUCGCUUCCACGAUCCAGCGAGCUCCGACUGCAAUUGAUAGGACAAUGAAUGAGACUUGUCUGCCCGCCUCCGAUGAUUUUUGGUUCGCGGGAAGGUACCAGGCCCCCUGCCUACUACAAGGAGAGCCUGGCGAACGCUGGCAGAGGCUAAAAGCGUCCGGAAACGAAGACUGCUUUGCGUGGUGUAUUGUCUUGAGCUCACUGAUGCGCGAUGCGCUGAUCUUACCUCAUGGGAAUAUACAAGGGAUUUUCUCUAGCCUCGAACCCGAAGAAAAUAUUCCAAAGCUUGUCCAAUACUUUAGCCAUGGACACAAGCGGAAAAUCGCAGAAGAACAUUCUCAGCAGCUGGCCAGUUUGGUGAGAGCAUACCAUGCACUCUUGGACAACCUACCUCGGGCUCUACGGCAUCAGCACGAAGCCCUCUUAUUCGGUUUGGAUGGGUCCGAAAAUACUCUUGCAUCACGACGGUCAUGUGCAGAGAAAUACAUGACCCGGAUGUUGGCCGUGUCUGCUCACUUCAUGAUCUAUCAAAACUAUGUAUUUGCUGGCAUCGUGGACGGAUCUAUCCCUUGGUCCUUGUUCAAAACGGGAGAAGAGUUUUCCGGGCAAUUCCCGGCGCCACAUUACGCUUCGGCCUACAGUGUCGGACUGAAGAAGCUCUUGGAGACCAGCGAUACGGUGCUGGAACUGCUCGAAAGCUGUCCGAAAGAUCAUGCUAGAUAUGUCAGUCCAUAUUAUGCCAGCACCAUCUGGAUUGCCGCUGCUCUCCAGAUUUUCAAGGGGCUCGCCGUGUUCGACGACGAUCAAGCUACCACUCAACGCAAGUAUUCUGCUUUGCGCGAGGCCUAUUUACAGUUUACCGAAUUCUGGGGCACCCCACUAACUCUUCUCCAAAACCUGGAUUCAUUGGCGACACGGCUUAGCGUGCGUCAGCGGGAGCUUGCAACCUCAGCAGUCAGUGAACAUGCUUCACAGAUGGACAUCCAACAGCCUCAGCAUGAGCCAAGUCUGACAAGUGGCACGGACACAGGCUCCACGAUAGCCGAUCAUGGGCAACCCUUCAAUUGUGGAGGCGAUCUCCAGGGAUCUCCUUUUCAGAAUCCAAUGCCACAUUGCGACGUUAUAGCGCCAUUGGGGGGACCCUGGUCGAGCAGCAGUGAAGCUGCGGACUGGUUAAUAGAAACGGACUCGAGGGGUAGACUACCCCCCAAUCAGGAUGCUUGGGCGACUGUUCUGUCUGAGGGAGCCAUGCUCGACAAUUUUGCAUGGUAUUCCUCAGAUCUCAUGACUGAACUCUCCCAAGGCUACACCACCUGA